AUGUCCAACAUGGACUCGACAGCUCCUCAACCCGCAACUGCGGAGCCUAUUCAAGCUUCAUCGGAGGCCGAAGUCACCAAGCGCGAUGCUGCCAACGGUAGCCCUGCUGCCGAAGAGCCUCCUUCCAAGAAGGCUCGCAUUGACGAGCCCGAGGCGCCCGAGGAUGAACGCGCUUCUCUGCGCAACCGGGGCAUUGCACCCAUCAAAGCAGAAUACCUGAUCAAAUCCGCUCCCAAAGUAGUCUCCGAUGCCGCUACCGAUGAUGCAGCUGAAGGUGCUUCCCAUGCCGAACGUGACGACGACAAGAAGAAAGGGAAAAAGAAGCCCAAGGGCCAGAACACCAAUCGAAGCUUUGGUAGCUCCAAAGAUGCCAAAGGCCUGUGCGCCUCAAGAAUGUUCAGCCCAGAGUUCUCGCCUGAAGAGUGCCAAUUCGGUGAGAAGUGCCGAUUUGAACACGACCUGCGACUCUACUUGAAGGAGCACAAGAGGGAGGACCUGACAACCUUCAAUGGAAUCUGCCCCGUCUAUGAGGCACGAGGUACCUGUUACGCCGGCUGGCGAUGCCGCUUGGUCGGAUCGCAUUCGAUGGAGAGGGAAACUGCGGACGGCAAGAAGGAGCUUAUUUUGCUGGAAGACGAGGAGCGCAAAGCGAAGGCCAAGCCCCUUGUGCCUUUUGCUACUCGCGAAGGCCUUGUCAACAUCAUUUCAUACGAAGACAAAGUCGCGCUGUCACGGAAGCGCGAGCACACUCCUCGUGCCAAUCAAUACAAUGAUUGGCUCAACAAGGUGUCCCAGGAGCUGGAGAAAGAGCUGCAUGGACGAUUCCACAACGGUGCGGAGACUCCCGAUAGUGGAGAGACCCCCAAGACGAACGGUGAUGCCGAAAAGGCCAAGGAGGAACUUGAAGAUAACCGGGCUCAAUAUACGGAACCCCCGUUCUUGGCUUCUGAGAAGAGACGCAUCUACUUUGGGCCGGAGACUCCAGCCCUCGCACCUCUGACGACACAGGGUAAUCUUCCAUUCCGCAGACUCUGCGGAGACUUGGGCGCUCAAUUCACUUAUUCCGAGAUGGCACUUAGCAUGCCGCUGAUCCAAGGCAACAAGUCUGAGUGGACCCUCAUCAAGGGCCACGAGUCUGAAAUGCUUCCGCCAACCAUUACCCCUGGGCCGAAUGUGGUCCAAGGGUAUGAUAACUCCAAAGAUUUCAGAUAUGGUGCACAGAUCACCGCCAACAAGCCGUUCCAGGCACUCAAGGCCACAGAGGUGCUUUCCAAGUAUACGCCCAACUUGCGUGUCAUCGACUUGAACUGCGGUUGCCCCAUUGAGCUUGUUUACCGUGACGGAGCCGGCUCUGCGCUCCUGGACCACCCAUCCAAACUGGAGAAGAUCAUUCGUGGUAUGAAUGCGGUGUCUCAGGAGAUUCCUAUUACAGUGAAGAUUCGCAUGGGAACCAGAGACAACCAACCCAAUGCCUUGAAACUUGUCGAACGUCUGGUCCUGGGCGGCUACGAAUCCAGCAUUCUGGACGUUGGCCCUCCCGGUGCCGCUGCCAUCACCCUCCACGGACGUAGCAGACAGCAACGUUAUACUAAGCAAGCAGACUGGGGUUACAUUGCUGAGACUGCUGCCCUCAUCAAGCGUCUGAAUGAAAAGACCGACGAUCUCGCGGACACCAUUCGCGAAGCUGACCCACGCUACUUGCCGAACGGUGGCAGGACCUACUUCCUUGGAAACGGCGAUUGUUUCUCCCACGUCGAUUACGACGAUCACAUUCAGAACGCUGGUGUCGACGCAGUCAUGGUCGCUCGUGGUGCCUUGAUCAAGCCCUGGAUUUUCGAGGAGAUCCAGACUGGCCAGUAUCUGGACAAGUCUGCAUCCGAGCGUCUUGCCUAUAUCGAGAAGUUCGCCAAGUACGGUCUCGAGGCUUGGGGCUCUGAUGAAUUCGGCAUCGGCACAACCCGCCGGUUCUUGUUGGAGUGGUUGAGCUUUGCUUACCGCUACGUUCCUCUUGGUCUGCUGGAAUACCUCCCUCCGCAUAUCAACGACAGACCCCCUGCCUGGCGCGGCCGAAAUGACCUGGAGACCCUUAUGGGUAGCGGUAACUACAAGGAUUGGAUUAAGAUCACUGAGAUGUUCCUCGGCCCUGCACACAAGGACUUCAAGUUCGAGCCCAAGCACAAAUCCAACUCCUACGAGGCUGAGGGUUAG